UUGGACGCGCACGUGAUCCUCAAUAUAUCGAUCGAUGGCGAGAGGUCGUCGACGCUCCAGGCACCGUCGCGGCGUCAGUAGCGAUCAAACCAUCGAGUCCUCGUCGUCUACUUGCGCCUCUCUUGAUGCGUGCGUCUGCCGUGGCCAAAACCAUCAGUCUCCCGUGCACACAACGGCGCCGGCACCGUGGCCUAACCUGCCGGCAGACCUGCUCCGCGACAUCUCCGGCCGCCUGCGCGACGUCGCCGACUACGUCCGCUUCCACGCCGUCUGCAAGGCAUGGCGCGACACAGCGCCCGAUUUGACCCUGACGGCGAAGCAGCCCUCCUUUCUGCCAUGGCUCCUCGCGCCCAACAUCAAGGACGUCAAGUUCAGAUGCGUUUUCUCCAGGAAAACCUACCGCGCCGCGCCGCCAUCCAGCCACCGGGACUUGGUGGCCAGCGUCGACGGCGCCGCCGUCUGGUAUUUGGUCGAUGAUGGCCCGUGCCAUACUCUCCGUGACAUCCUCACCGGAGCCGUCGUCAAGCAUCUCCCCCCGUUCCCGAAGGAAAUCAAAGAAUGCAUCACCAAGGGGACUACCAGUAGUACACUUGGACUUGGGUAUGACCUCCAAAGCGUCGCCUACGGUGACGGCGCCACACUUCUGUACGGCCUGUACGAGACCGACCCGGAGGACGACUCUAUUGCCAGCUUCUGGGCAGCCCUCCUGCAUCCCGGAGAAGCCACGUGGACGGUCGUCGAGCGGACGCUUGAAUGCCCGGACAUUACCAACUUCUACGUCACGUAUCACCGUGGAAAGAUAUUGGUCACCGUCGAGGAUAACCUGUGGCACGCCGUGACACCGGACGAUCGCCACGGCGUUCGAGAUGUGGUGGUGCCGAGCCCGUGGAUGCCAGGGGAGCGCCAGGACUACUUAUACGGAUACAACUACCUUCUCGAGUCCCACGGCGAGCUUCUCUAGGCAUCCGUUGAGGUCCGCAAAGAUUACAUGGAUUUGCAGCAGCUCGGUGAGGCCCUUGUCUCCUGCCUGGUUGGCGCUCUCUCGGUGUCCAUUCACGCCCUAGAGGGGGAGGCGCCCGAGAAAAUGCGCUGGGUGAGGAAGGAUGGCGAGAGCCUAGCCAACCGCGUCCUGUUCCUGGGGUGGCCCAACAGCUUUGCUGUGGAUGCCUCGCGGCUAGGCGGUGAUGCCGUGCCCGGCGGGUGUGCAUAUUUUGUCUACAACAUAGAGAACAACAUGCCGGGUCAGUCGUGUUAUGUGUUUAGGUACAACCUCAUCAACGGCAAGGCCAAAUUCGUGGAGCAGUUGCCUCAUGGAUGGGACGAUGAUAUGUGCAUGUGGCUCUUCCCCCAGCCUGCCGUUGCUCCAAACCAGGAAAUCAGUGAAAGGUGUGAGAGUUCAAAAUGGUGGAAGAGGAAAAACCAGCAGAUGACCACAACUCCAAAAAGCACUAUUCACAUGGAGAGACCUCGGCAACAACAUUAUAAGUCUUAUUUCACGGUGAUCGUAAACAACCUGCCUCGCAGGAUGAAUAACUCUCAGCUGUGACGGUUCUUCAGCCAGCACGGUAAGGUGUCCCAAGCUAAGGUUUUGGGUGGAUGCACCCUUAAAGUGAGCAUCGUGAAGGUGAUGUGGAAACCAGAACAACAUUUGAAUUUUUUCGGAUCGAGAGAGUAUAGUCUUGAACAUUAUAUAUAGCUUGGUUUGACGCUAUUACUUUUUGUUCUAGUGGUGUUGUGGAAGAUUAUUUAGUUAUGUGAAUUGUACUCCUGGAACAGUAUCACAGAUGACUCGGUCAAAACCAGAACCGCAUUUUAUGCCUUCA